UGAUGAACGGUCAAGAUGCGGCAUCGGAUACCUGCUACUGAUGAUGAUGCCAACUCUUCUUGUGGUCUACCGCAGAAGUUUCUUCGUGUGAGACUCGGCCAGAUUGCCAUAUUCCCAAAUCCAUUUUCCCUAGUCUCGUUCCUCUCGCUUCCGGGCGUAUUUGAUCUCUCUCUCUCUCUCUCUCUGCUCCACUUCGAUCCCAUGGCGAAUUUGGAGGAGUCCAGCCCUCUCCUGAAGCACCCCGACGGCCGCGAGGAUGCCGCCCCCGAGUGUGCGGAAAAGGUACCGGCGCCGCCACCGGAAACGGCCCCCGAGCCGCAUGAGAAGGUGCCCUUGGAGACCGGCCCCAAGCUCCAGGAGAAGCCGCCUCUGACCGCCGCGACGGUACCAACCGGGUGGACGGCCGACGGGCUCCCCGUCGGAUGCGGAAGCGUUGUCGGUGAGCCCGUCGGGCGCGCCCAGUGGAAUUCCAGCCUUUUUGCUUGCCUCGGCCGCAACGAUGAGUUCUGCAGCAGCGAUCUGGAAGUCUGUCUGCUUGGUAGCUUUGCUCCAUGUGUGUUGUAUGGAAGUAAUGCAGAGAGGCUUGGAGCAGUUCCUGGGUCUUUUGCUGAUAACUGCUUGCCUUAUAUUGGUCUUUAUGUGCUUGGGAAUGCUGUUUUUGGUUGGAACUGCCUUGCACCAUGGUUUUCACAUCCUAGCCGGACAGCCAUACGUCGCAAGUUCAAUCUUGAAGGUAGCUUCGAGGCAUUCUCCAGAUCCUGUGGGUGCUGCCAUGGAGUAGCUGAGGAUGAACUGAGACGUGAGCAGUUGGAACAAGUAUGUGACUUCGCCACGCAUUACAUGUGCCACACUUGCUCCCUCUGCCAGGAAGGUCGUGAGCUGCGUCGCAGGCUGCCCCACCCCGGACUCAAUAUGCGACCAGUCUUACUUAUGAUGCCUCCCAUGGAACAAACCAUGGGCCGUGGUGCCUGAUGUGUCUGCUUCAUUUCAUCUUCUUCAAGCUAAACUGAAGUUAUUGUAGACCAGGAUAGUGGAUAUAUGCAUGUGUAUGAGUCUAUACUUGUCUCCCUGCAGUUAUGGCGUGUAUGAUAAGUGGUUCUAAUAUGAAUCCAUUACGGAAUCCCUGCCAGUACCGUGUGUAUGAUAGAUUCCGUGCAGUACGGAAUCUAUACAACUGAAGUUGUGCAGUGUUAAGGCCCUUUGAUCUUUCAUAUUUCA